AUGGACGUUUCCGACAGCCCUGAGCGAAACCCCUGCUCUCCUGACGAGGAGGACCAGCAGCUUUCCGAUGACGAAGUCCUGAAGGAGAGCGCUUCAGACCGCGAACUUGAUGGAGAGGGUGGGCAAGGUAGUGUCAUGGGAGAGGAAGAGGAGGAUGCAGCCAGGGGACUGAGUCAUGGUGAAGAGGAGAACCACUCGGGUGAAGAGGACCCCCUAAGUGAAACCAAGUCUCAGGAGUCUGACAAUAACAAGCAGAGUGGAGAGCUGAAGAGCCGUCUGCCUCACAAAGGAGAGGAGGGAGACCGGACAAAUGACCUUGGUGAUGAAGCGUCCUCUGUCACCUGUGAACUAGAUGAGCAUGAGUUGGACUAUGAUGAGGAAGUUCCCGAGGAACCAAGUGCUGCUGCUGCAGAGGAGGAUGGUGAGAAAGCUGCUGGUGAGGAUGAUGAGGAAGAGGAGAAAGGAGAUGAUGCCCAUGAAGAUGAGAAAAAAUCCAGCAGUAAAAGUGACGAUGAAAAGGAUGGCCAGGAUUCCCUCAAGGAGAAGAAAGAAGAAGACGAUGGAGAAAUUGAUGAUGGAGAAAUUGAUAUAAAUUACUGCGCUUGUCAAUCUAUUCAUCACGGUGGGAAUGACAAAGGAAACUACUCCAAGUCUGAGCCGUACUCCCCGAAUGGAGCUCCUCCUAUCGGCCCUCACCCCCUGAUGCCAGCCAACCCUUGCGAAAGAGAGCGAGAACGAGAAAGGGAACGAGAGCGUGACAAGGAACACCAGCAGCGGAAGGAAGAGUGGGAAUGUGAGAGAGAACAAGUGAAGAGAGAUGAAAAUGACAGGCAGCACAGGCAUCGGGACAGGGACCGAGACCGGGACAGGGACAAGGAACAUGAAAAGGAGAAAGAACAAGCAAAGUCCUGUUCCCCUCUGCUACCAAGGCUGUUGGCUCUUUCCACGUUCCUGAGCAUGAGCAGUGUUUCUUCUGUCUCUAGUGCCUCCUCUAGCAGCAGCCCUGUAUGCAGUGCCAACUCUGAAGACAUGUGUGUGGACUUGGCCAGUCCUGUUUCCUCAGCCAGCUCCCGAUCCCCAACUCCAGCGCAGCAGAAGAAAGGUAGAGGAAAGUCAAAAAAAGAAGAUAGCACUAAAGAGGAAAAGGAGAAAUGGGAUGUGCCCGCUCAGCUUCUGAAGUCGACUAGGCCCACCCCGGGGAGCAGAUCACAGCAGCUCCUCCAGACGCAGCAGCCCUCAGACCCCCAGUCGCAGCAAGGGGGCUUCAGCGCCCACCAAGACAUCAAACCGACGCCCUUAAUUCAGGCAGACAACAAAGGAAGCAGGAAGAGAUACAAGCCAGCAGACAAAGACAGGCCGACCUCUCCUCCAGUCAAACGGGAGAACAUGUCACCCGGCAGAGGCUCUCGCUACAGGAAGGCAACCGGAGAAGUCUCUGCACGCAAGCGAAAGCGACAGAGGGGCCGGAACCCGAAACCUUCUCCUGCACAGCCAGACAGGAAACACCAGUUCUCACCUCAGUCCAAGAGCUCCAGCAAAGUCACAAGUGUACCGGGCAAAGCGUCCAAGCCGGGCCCCACGGGUGCCAAGGUGGGCAAGUCCAGGGCCCUGUCGCCACGGAAGGAGCUCCUAAAUCAGCUGAAGGACUCCAUCCCUCACAAGCGGGCCAAAAUCCUGGGGAAAGUGUAG